ACUCAAAAUUCAUUGCAGCUUGUAAUUUCGUUUUCUCUCUCUAAAUAAUUUCUAUUCUCCUAAACGGAGUAUUUUCGCUUUGAUUCUCAAAAAUUUAGAUCAAAGGCACAAAAUUUCUUAACACCAAAAUGGGCGUUGCAGUCCUUAGUCCACAAGAUUGCCUUCAAAAUCCAUUAUCGUCCCGACGAGAUUUAAUCUCUCUUCCUCCCCGCAUGAAGCCGCCGCCCCGAAACCCUAACGGGCCUGACCCCAAAGCCAACCGGUCUAACCGGCCGCAGCCGAACCGCAGAAAGCGAAGCCCUAACACAUCUCCUCCUUCUCGCGCGGCCGUUCUUCCUAAAGUUGUUGCUGCUCCUGUUAUCGGACAGGUCAAAAUUCUUAAGCGUGGUGAACAAUUACCUAAAACGACGCCGGAAAAGGUGUUAUCUCAGCCGAUAAAAAUAGAAAUGAAAAACAAAUAUGGAGAUCUCGGGUCGACUCAAAGGCUUGGACCCGAUCCGGAGCUGGUACCGACUGGGAGCCGUGCCCGACUGACUGAACCGGAUAACAGUAAAGUUCACGGUUUUUACGCUGGAUCGGCUUUUAUUACCUCGCCGCCGCCAAGUUCGCUUCCUUUGCCGGCUUUCUUCAUGAAGAAGAGUGCUAGUGCUGUUGAUGCAACUAGUGAUUUAAGAAGGAUUUUAGGUAUCAGCUUAUGACAAAAUGGAUCGUUUGGAUGAUUAUGUGGAAAUGAAGCUAUAGUAGGUUUUGCGAUUGUGUUUAUUCAACUGAUCUUCUCUUAUUUUUUCAAGGGGAAGAUUGAGUUGGUUAUAACUCAACUACGCAGUCUGUGUGUGAUUGGAAAGCACACACUUUUGCGGUACUCUUUUAGUUUUAUUGUGAUGGCGUGUUAUUAGUGUAUAGUUCUGAUAAGCUGAUUAAGUUAUUUUCAGAUUUAGAGAUUAUGGGAGUUUUAGGGAUUCUACAAGUUUAAAUUAGCACUCUGUAUCUGUAGAUGUAAUUUGGGAACUUGUAUGUCCAUCUUUGAUCUAAUAAACGUAUUAAGUUAUUAUUGA